UAGAUGGGUAUAAAUGGACAAUCUGCUGUCUGUGUGGAUCAUUUGGUUUCAGACCUUUCGACCCACAUUGCAGAGGAGUUUGUGUUUCCUUUUGUCAGGGUUGUUGCUUUCUGAAGGACGUUUGGCAGCCUCUGCGGGUGUGUUUUAUAUCAGACAGCUAUGAGUGGUAAAUACAGUGUGGUGUUACAGGGUCCGGCCCCGUGGGGCUUCAGACUGCAGGGGGGGAAAGACUUCAACAUGCCUCUCUCCAUUUCACGGCUGUCGGACGGAGGGAAGGCUGCUAAAGCGGGAGUGGCUGUGGGAGAUCUGGUCCUGUCCAUCGACGGCAUCGGCACUGACGGCAUGAACCACCUCGAGGCUCAGAACAAGAUCAAAUCCAGCACAGACAAACUCAGCCUCUCUUUACAGAAAGCUUCCAGUCUUCCAAAACCAGAUGUGGCACCGAAGGAUUAUUCUGUGGAAAUCAUCAAACCUGUUCCCAUGACAACCUCCAUUCCAUCUUCUUCUGACAUCACAAACUCCACCCACAUCACUUCAUCUUCCAAUAGGAGCGCUCGUCCGUUUGGAGGGGUGGGGUCACCGCACAUAGCCUCCAUUCCGUCCGCCGCGUCUGCUUUUGCACCCGCCUCCUCAGCUCAAAACCCUAAUACACAAGCUCCGCCCACUCCUACUGAUCAUCUACCGGCGGUGCCCCGCCCUUCAGUGUAUAACACGCCCAUCAAUCUCUACUCCAAUGAGAAUGCCUGUGAGGUUGCCAUGGGCCAGAGGCGGGGCCUGCUGGAAAGCCAGGGCGAAAGCGCUCAGCUGAAUGGAAAACCCGCAGCGAACAGAAUUCCUCGUAAACCCAUCACAGAAACGGACAUUGAGUUUUAUCAUGUCCCGACUCACGGUGACGCCAGCAGGAAACGCAUCAUGGAGGACACAGAGGACUCGCCGCGGACAGGAACUUCACAAUCCCGCUCGUUCCGUAUCCUGGCCCAAAUCACCGGCACUGAAUCUGAAUUCGAUCGCUCACAGGAGGCCGAGUCGGCAAAGAAGACCACAAAUGAGGAGCUGGAUGAAUCUCAGCCCAGCACCCAUGUCACCUGUCCCGUGAAGACCAUGAUGAAAGCCCCGGGAACACCCGUCAGAAGCACAGCAGGUCUCAUCACUCCCACUUUUGGCGUCGUGAGCAGCACUACUCCUUUAGGCCCCGCCUUGGAUCGUCCCACGCGCCCGCACCCCAAAGACGAAGCCUCAUUGGUCCAGAUGGCAGAACACAUCCCUGCUGGAACACGCACUCCUGUGUGCGCUCACUGCGACACGAUCAUCAGGGGGCCGUUCCUGAUGGCGAUGGGGAAAUCGUGGCACCCGGAGGAGUUCACGUGCGCUCACUGCAGUGUUUCUCUGAGCGAGCUGGGGUUUGUGGAGGAACAGGGCUCUGUUUACUGCCAGCACUGCUACGAGGAGUUCUUCGCCCCGACCUGUGCUCGCUGCCAGUACAAAAUCCUGGGGGAAGUGAUCAGCGCGCUCAAGCAAACCUGGCAUGUGUAUUGUUUCCUGUGUGCUUCCUGCCAGCAACCGAUAAGAAACGAUACUUUUCAUCUUGAGGAUGGAGAGCCGUACUGCGAGAGAGAUUACUACGGUCUGUUCGGGACGGGCUGCCGCGGUUGUGAUUUCCCGAUAGAAGCAGGAGACAAGUUCCUGGAGGCCCUGGGCGGCACCUGGCACGACACCUGCUUCGUGUGCUCGGUGUGCAGCGUCAGUCUGGAGGGACAGACCUUCUUCUCCAAAAAAGACAAACCGCUUUGCAAGAAACACGCUCACGCUCUCAAAAUAUAAGAAAAGCGACUGUUGAAGUAUUAGAAAAAAAGUUAAAGAACACAUAUUUACAAAGAUAUGAAUGACACGUACUCAAAGGAAAAGCCAUUCUGAUGUGGUUUGAAUGAAGGAACUUUUUCAAAAGGUACAUGUUUGUACC